AUGGGGCACCUGCCUCCUCUACACAGCGAGAGGCUGCAUAUCUCCGAUAUCUUUGGCGCUGCGCCUCCGCCAGGCCGCUCACAGACCAUGAACUCACAGACUCCUCAGUUCAACCAGGGUCGUGCCCACACCAUGUCGUCGCAAGUGCCCCCUCCCCAGUUCCAGAGGGCACCACCGCCACCAACCCGCCAGGUGCCAAAUGGAUACGGACCACCGGCCCUCUCCACCCCAACGAACGGAUAUCCACCGCCGCCCUCCGGUGGAGGAUACCAGGCAUAUAAGCCCGGGGCCGCGACAAUGUCCUCUCAUCCGCCGCCGCGACCGUACCCCCCGCCAGCGGGUCGCUAUGCUGCGUCUGCGUACCCUCGACCCCAACGCCUGGAUUCUAGACCGGGACCCGCCCCUCAAUACCCAGACCCCCGAGACUUGGGCCGACCAAUGCCUCCUCCUGCCUUGAACUCCGAUGCGACGAGAUCUCGGUCGCUGGCGAAACUGAGUGGUCCGUCAUAUCCCACCGCACCGCCUUUCCCGCCGAGCAACUUCAAUCACACCUCUGCCGCUGCAUCUCGUCGUGAGCAGUAUCACCAUCCCAGCUCACACAUGACCCAGCUUGGACGUACUGUUCCAGAACGGCAUACCAAUGAACGAUCUAUGUCCAUGACCACCUAUGCGACAGAUCAUAAUCAGGCUCAAAUUAUGAACAGUGGGAGAUCCAUCCCGACGCGGAGACCUCCCUCAGGCGGUCAUGAGCAACCCCUUCCUACUAGAUUUGAUUCCAUGCCGGCAAUGCCGGCAAAUGUGACCGAUGGCUUUGUCACAAACCGUCCACCCAGCGAUGCUUCACAGCGGUCUCGUACAAUGUCCAUGGCGUCGACCAUUAACCCUGAUCGCACUAUGAGUGUCCAGAGCCAGGCAACAGUGGGCUCGAACGGGCAGUCAACGCUUGUUUCUAACAAUUCGCGCCGGACUACUUCCAAGGUUCCUGUGGUCUACCCUGCCCUUCUCGCUCGGGUCGCCGACGUGUUUCGUGAGAAGAUUACACUUGGCGAACGGCAAAAGAACGGCCUGUCUUAUCAGAACGCCUUCUCCGGAACCGAUGCCGUGGAUUUGAUCUGCACGAUUAUCAGAACAAACGACCGUAACCUCGCGCUUCUGCUGGGUCGUGCUCUGGAUGCUCAGAAGUUUUUCCACGAUGUCACCUAUGAUCACCGUCUUCGAGAUGCUCCUGGGGAGGUCUAUCAAUUUAAGGAAACUAUGGGAGAGGAUACUAUGGCCUCGGAAGUCAAUGGCGUAUUCACACUUCUCACCGAAUGCUAUUCCCCCACCUGCACUCGGGACAGCCUCUGUUAUUCGAUCGCCUGUCCCCAACGGCUAGAACAGCAGGCACGGUUGAACCUCAAACCUCAGCCGGUCUUGAGGACUUCAGCCUCGAAAGGAAGCCUGCAUAUGGAUGAUGAUGAGGACAAUGACAACCAGAAAUUAUGGAUCAACAUGGUUCCGAAGGAAGUCUCAGAUAGCAUUGAAGAUCGGGAGAAGAAGCGGCAGGAGGUCAUUUUUGAGAUUAUGUAUACUGAGCGUGAUUUCGUGAAGGAUUUGGAGUACCUGCGCGAUUUCUGGAUGCGACCAUUGCGCGCGGCGGGCACCACAAAUCACUCCCCCAUUCCAGAGCACCGACGGGAGAAAUUCAUUCGGACUGUAUUCGGAAAUUGUUUGGAGGUGCUAAAGGUGAACAGUGGCCUCUGUGAGGCACUCAACGCCCGGCAAAAAGAAAGCCACAUUGUCAAGUCCGUCGGUGAUAUCUUCCUCCAGCACGUUCCUCGCUUCGAUCCUUUCAUCAAGUAUGGUGCCAACCAACUUUACGGAAAGUAUGAGUUUGAGAAGGAGAAGGCUUCGAAUCCGGCCUUUGCCAAAUUUGUUGAGGACACCGAGCGUCUCAAGGAGUCCCGAAAGUUGGAGCUGAACGGUUACCUGACUAAACCCACAACCCGUCUUGCUCGAUACCCACUUCUUCUCGAGUCCGUCUUGAAGCACACCGCUGAUGACAGUCCCGACAAGGAAGAUAUCCCCAAGGCCGUCAAGCUCAUUAAGAGCUUCCUGUCCCGUGUGAACACCGAGAGUGGAAAGGCCGAGAACCACUUCAACUUGGUGCAGCUGAAUGCCGCCUUGAAGUUCGGCCCUGGAGAUUAUGUGGACCUGAAGCUUACUGAAGAGAACCGUCAAAUGCUGACCAAGAUGGCCUUUAAGAAGACGACCGCGGAAAGCUCUGAGGUGACCGCGUAUCUCUUCGAUCAUGCGGUGCUUUUGGUCCGCAUCAAGGUGGUCAACAAGCGAGAGGAAUAUCGGGUCUACAAAAAGCCCAUCCCUCUCGAGCUCUUGGUGAUUGCCCAAAUGGACGAGGUGAUUCCUAGAAUGGGAAUUUCCAAGAGACCGUCUUCCAGCCUUUUGUCCAACAAGACUACCAUCAACCCUCCCCCUGCCAAAGACGGACAGCUGCCCAUUACAUUCCGACACCUUGGAAAGGGUGGUUACGAACAGACCCUCUAUGCCACAUCCCCAACUCAGCGACGCAAGUUUAUUGAGAUGGUGGAGGAGCAGCAAAGGAAGCUUUGGGAACGCAACAGCAAUUUCUACAACAAGACGGUUCUGAGUGAGAGGUUCUUCUCGGCGAUCAAUCGUGUGAACUGCUGUGUUCCAGUUGAUGGCGGACGCAAGUUGGUUUUUGGAACGGAUAGCGGUAUCUAUAUCUCCGAACGCUGGCCCAAAGAUAAAUCAGCCAAGCCGAGAAGGGUCUUGGAGGCUACUCAAGUCACACAGAUUGACACUCUAGAAGAGUACCAAUUGCUUCUGGUUUUGGCGAACAAGACCCUAUCCUCGUACCCAAUGGAAGCCCUUGAACUCACCGAGGGUGCCAACGCCAUGGCCAAACGCCCAAAGAAAAUCCAGGGUCAUGCAAACUUCUUCAAGGCAGGUAUUGGUCUUGGCCGACACCUCGUGUGCUCAGUGAAGACGUCAGCCUUGUCAAGUACGAUCAAGGUUUACGAACCGAUGGACAAUUUGGCCAAGGGCAAGAAGAAGUCCGCUGUCAGUAAAAUGUUCCAGAGUGGGCAGGACACCCUCAGGCCGUUCAAGGAAUACUACAUCCCUGCCGAAUCAUCAUCGAUCCACUUCCUGCGGUCUACAUUGUGUGUUGGCUGCGCACGCGGUUUUGAGGUCGUCAGUUUGGAGACAACUGAGACACAAUCUUUGUUGGACCAGGCCGAUACAUCUCUUGACUUCGUUGCUCGCAAGGAGAAUGUCAAACCCAUUCACAUCGAGCGCAUGAACGGCGAGUUCCUUCUCAACUACAGCGACUUCUCAUUUUUCGUCAACCGCAACGGAUGGCGUGCUCGUCCUGACUGGAGGAUCUCGUGGGAGGGCAACCCAACCGCGUUUGCCUUGUCUUACCCUUACAUCCUGGCAUUCGAGCCCAACUUUAUCGAGAUUAGGCACGUCGAGACCAGUGAAUUGAUUCACAUUAUGACGGGGAAGAACAUUCGCAUGCUUCACUCUUCUACUCGAGAGAUCAUCUACGCAUAUGAAGAUGAAGCGGGCGAGGAUGUGGUUGCGAGCUUGGACUUUUGGAAAUCAGUAUAA